AUGGCUCCAUUGUGUUUGGAGCUUCUGGCGCUGUGCACCUUGACAGCCGCGCGCGAUGAUGCACGAGGCAUUAUUUUGGUCCCCAACAAGAAAUCCGAGUACCUUAAAGGGCUCUUUUGCGAGGAAACUUGCAGCAAAGCAGACAGUAAGGUUGGAAAAGCCUUGCUCAAGGCCAUCGGUGACGCAGACACGGUUGUUAGCGAGAUGAAGGUGGAGAGAACUACAAGUCGCAACCUGAGAGACAACUGGAAACCGCCCCCGAAGGACUCGAAACUGGUUUUUGGAUGGCAGUCGAAGGUCAAAAAGUCCAGAAAAGACGUACAAAAACUCGAUGCCAAGAAUAAGACCUUAACCUCUGGAUCCAAGAACCCCCGGCUGCCUGGCGCUAAUCUACAGGCAGCGGCUUCUGCUGGAAGCAAAACCGCCAGCCAGAUGGCUGUAGAAGCGGCAUCUUUCAAAACUCAGAUGAACAAUAUCAAAUCGGACUUAGAUAGUCUUAAGGACGACAAAGUGACUCUGGAAGCUGUCAAGGUCUGUCUUAGGAACUGCCUGACCUUGCUUGUGGAACUCAAAGACUGUAUCCUCCAGCUCCGGCUCUUCUUCACACAACUCUCGGUGCAGAUUAAAACCUUGGUCAAAGGCAACGUCAUCCCUUUCAAGGGUACAGUAGAGGAUGCAAUCUCCUCGCCAAAUGCGCUGAUAGACCGUGUCAUCCUGCAGCAGUAUACUGUGGCUAUUUGGGCUGGGUUCGACCAAUUCACGGAAGUUGCUGAAUUUUAUAAGAGUGUCCACGAUCCUUACAUCGUGAAUGGUCUUGCUUUGGUAAACCGGAUGACUCUCCAAAAUAAUGUGACUGCUGGGUACAAGGAAAUUGAGCAGUACGCCCAAACCAGCCAGGCUGCGGUGAAAGGUCUCAUUAACAAGGAAACCAAGAAGUUCAAGAGCAGGCUCCAGAAGACGUACGGAGAAAGCAUGGAGCUCGAAAGUACUGCUCUUUCGCCAACAAAAGACGAAGAAGAUGCCCUUUUCAGUGCAGUUAAAAACGUCCAGGGCGUUGUCGAGGAGCAGCUGAACGCAAAAGCCGGGCCCAUACAUUAUCUCACACAGCCUCGUGAACAGCGUGAUGCACAGGCGGACAAACUGUCUCGAGCACUUGAUUCAGAGACUUUGCAGCAGCAAACCCACGCCUUGAAACAAGAGGAAAGUUUUGUACAGGACGAGGACGAGUAA